AUGGCUGCCGUUCUAAGCAACCCGAUGCCUGAUUCGCAUCUGAAGGAUAAGAACUACGUCUACUUCCACUCCGGGUCAGAGGCGACUUAUCGCGAAGUCUCUGGGACUCCCUCCUGGUUUACGUCUAUUCCCACCAUCGACCUGUCGGAUCUAGACUCCCCAUCAACCGAGGCUAGAAACCACAUCGCCAAGGAGAUCUCCGAUGCGUGCCACAACUGUGGCUUCUUGAUUGUUGAGAACCAUGGCAUACCAGACGACAUAAUCAAGCGAACCUUUGAGCUACUCAAGCGAUUCUUCGCACUGAAUAUGGACACCAAGAUGGAUGCUCACGCUCAAAAGAACCCAGCGAUCCGUGGUUAUGAGCCGAUGCUGGAGACGAAGCUCGACCCGAGGACCCAAGGAGAUAUGAAGGAAGCCUUCACGAUGGGUGAUUGUGUCAUAGAGCCUGAACAGGACUACGUCGGCAAGACUGGCCACCAGCCGCCAUCGCACAUUACGCAACCACAGAAUAUCUGGCCUACAAAGGCUCCAUGGUGGCGGGAAGGGCUGUAUAACUACUACAAGCACAUCCUUCCCCUAUCCAUGAAGCUGGUCAAGAUCUCUCUAAGAAGGGCGAAUAUAGAAACAUUCUGCAAGUUACGCCGACGAACACUGAGGGAUUUGCUAACGCACUUUGAGAGACGGUUUUUGAACAGACGUGCGACCAUCAAGCAGUUGUACAGGGCGCUCAUUGGCCAAGAACAACGACUGGCAAUCAAGGAAUGCAGAAAGCGGCAACGUCUUCUGUUAACGACCCCUGGGACGGCCGCUGAUUUCAAGCUCCUGCUUACGGGCUGGCUCUGUGGCUCUAGGACUCUUGCACUGCCACAGUUGCCACAGUCCUACCCCUACCUCUUCCUCUUGCGCCAUCUAUUAAAUCUCCCGCGCAGUUGUCGGGACAUCUGGCCCGCGUCCCAAUGCGAUAAACACGUCUCCAUCCUUUCUCACAUGGAGCCGUCAACAAGUCAGGACUCAGCGCCCUGUAUCUACCAUCCUCUGAACCCAGCAGCGAGGGAGAUUCGCCUUCUGACGCUGGGUCCAUCUGAUGACUGUGACAUUGUCAGCUGUCAAUUCUUUACCGUCUCCCUGGAUGACGAGCCGCAGUACGAGGCCAUCAGUUACUGCUGGAGCGAACAUGCCGGUUUACGACCGAUCGAGAUCAACAGUAUCCGGACAAGGGCUCCUGCGAGCGCUGUCAACGUGCUGGCUAACCUUCGCGGGCAAAAAGAACAACAGACUCGUCUCUUAUGGGUCGAUGCGAUAUGCAUCAAUCAGAGCGACCUCUCGGAACGUAACAGCCAAGUUGCUAUGAUGAAAGACAUAUACACCUCCACUUUGCAAACGCUGAUAUGGUUAGGCGAUGAAGAUGAGUUCACUGCCGAUACCGCGCGAACAAUACAGUCGAUCAGGAGAGAGAUCGAAGAGAACCAGGGGUUUUUCAAUGAUUAUAAAGGAGCAUUCGUACGGACAGGACAGUACGGCCGCAAUAGGGUGGUACCACUGCCACCAGAUUGCUCCAUGGCAGCUAUCAAUGCACUCUGGUCAAAGCCAUGGUUUGAUAGGGUCUGGAUUGUCCAAGAAGUCCUACUUGCUCCAGCUGCUUCCUGCCGGCUGGGGUCCAUCCAGAUCGCAUGGUUAGAUAUCUGCGACGCCGCACUUUGGAUGUAUCACAAGCAAGGCGCUUCUCCCAAGGACCUCAGUGAAAGGUGUAUCAACGGAAUAGGGUUCACUACGUACUUAUUGGGUCCAGGGUCGCGCGCCCAGGACCUUGAUUCUUUGCUCGGCUUGGCUAAGAAUCUGAGCACCACUGACCCAAAAGAUAAGGUCUACGGCAUACUUGGCCUGCACUAUCAAACUCAGAUCAAACGGCAAGAAGAGGUAAUACUAAAGGUGGACUAUGCAAUGUCGCUCGAGGAGACAUACUCUCGAGCUACUUGGGCAGCCAUCCAACAGAAACAGAAUCUGUUCAGCUUGAGAAAAGUUUCUCAUCGAGCCGAGCUUUUGGUCCCUGCCGAGCAGAACAAGCUUCCAUCAUGGGUUCCUCACUGGGAUCACUCGUCCGAUCGCCAUGCGGGUGACCCAUUCCUCAUCAACGUAGCCGGUCACACCGCCGACGAUGGGCGACCGUCGAAAGUGGAUUGUCGCAUAAAGGAGAGUCGCGCCGGAACGAGACAUACCCUGUUCGUAGACGGUAUCGAGGCUGGACGUAUAACGGCGCUAAGCGAUACAGUCCCACCGUCGGGAACGUCGACAUACGAGGCCAUCGACGUGCUUCCUUUCCCGUGGCUGUGCAAACGGUUCGCAGAGCGCCAUCUGAAAAGCCCGGACCUCCCGAAUGACAUAUUUGCGACCAUAACAUGCCGCCAACAUUUGAGCACAGAUCUCCAAACCCGCCGACUGAUGAUCGAACUCAUCGAUGCGGCUGGAGAUUACAUGCCGAACGAUAGGGCGUCCGCUCUGCUGAGAUGGAGCAAGCUCAGCGCGGAAAGCAGACUCGCCAGCAGACUGUUUCCCGGUACUUGCGUCAAUCGUCGUCUGUUCGUUUUGGAUUCGCGGCGCCUGGGUAUAGGCCCUCAGUUCUCGCGGGAAGGUGACGUUGUCGCUGUCCUCUUCGGCGACGGUGUACCGUACGUUUUGCGCCCGGUGGACUUGCCCGGCGGCCAGGUCCCGAGAGAUGACGAGGCAUUGGAGUACCAGCUUGUCGGACACUGCUACGUGCACGGGAUCAUGAACGGAGAGGCGGUGCGGGAGCACGAGGCAGCUGGAAAGCCGAUCAAGACGUUCAAGCUGGUCUAG